UAACAGGUGUGCCACCAGGUGGCCACGAAGUACGACAGUUGACGAAGAGGAAAAGGAAGUGACGUUUGUGACAUGACAAACGUGAUGUUGUUGUCAGUAACUGUUACUGUUUACCCCGUUUCUAUUUUAGUCUCUUUUUUAGGUUUAAUUCUUUUCGCAUGUCGUGUUGAUAACUUAAGGAUAGUCUGUUAAUUUACAGCUAGGGUUACCAACUUUCAUCUAAUUAGGAUAACUGUUUUUCAACCCUUUACGGCCGCGGCGGGAAGUUUAAACACGGCUAGCAGCUGUUAGCAUGUGUGCUAACUCCUUCGAUAGUUACAAGUGUUUACAUAGAACGUUACAAAUGUGAUGCUGAAGUGAUGUUCCGUCCUUUUCCGAAUUCCUUCACACAUAGUCCUGCUCAGUCCACCUGCAGUUUAGACACAGGGGACGUUUUAAUCCGCUCUACAAGCAUCCUUGUUCCUGGACCUGGACUUGGACCUGAACCAGAACGUGGACCGGGACAAAGUACAGUUCAGAUCGGUGUCCAAAAACUGUUGGAUUGUACCCCAAUCAAGCUGAUACAGAAGCAGAACCACGGCCAACAGACAGUGACGGGUCGUUCCAAUAAUUCUCAACACACCAAAGAGAACAUAAAACCCACGCCUUCUCUAGCUGCAGAGCUGAGUCCAGACAUGGAGCUGUGGACUCAGCCUGGUAAGAGAGAAUCCCAGUCAGUCAAACAGUCAGCCAGAGAUCAUCAGGAUGUGCUCACAUCACGCUUCAGUUCUGGAGGUCGAGGAGCUGGUCUGGCUGCUCUGAAGCAACGCUCACAUACCUCCACGAUUAGGAGAGAAGUCCGAGUAAAUCUGUUGGAGCAGCAGCCUCUCCAAACCAGCUCCCAAAAUACCAUGGGUGCUGCGGAGGUGCAAACACAGGAGGAGUUAUUGUCUGGUCGUUUUGGUGAUGCUUCAAAUGCAGCAGCAGUGGCUGCUGCAGUUGCUGCCUCUGCUCCUUUGAUCAAAGCACAGUCUCACAUGGACGCUCAGGUGUCUCAGGUGGUGGACAGUGUUCAACGGCUGCUCCAAGCUGACAGGGAUAAUAGGGAAAGUGGGCGGAGCCUGAACCAGCAGGUGCUGCAGCAUCUGGAGACUCUGCAUGGUCAGCAGCUGCAGCUUCAGAGCCAGCUGCUGGAUUCAGCAUUCAAGAUGGUGUCCAGUCAUGCCUCCUCUGCAGUUCCAGCAUCAGCUGUUGCCCAUAGCAACCAACAACAACACUCAUCUGCAUUUGUGGAGACUGGUCAGGUUACCAUGGCAACAGCUGCCCCAACCCAGAGGCCUUUGGAAACCAGUGACUGCUGCCGUCAUAGUCGCAUGAGCUCAGAAACAACAGCAGCAGCCGCAAAAAAUGUGAACGUGGUUCUGAAGGAGAUGAGACGACUGAGGAGUGAGAUGAAGACUCUGUUGAAACCCCAAGACACCCUGACAACCACCGGGCCUCUUUCAGAACAUCAACACAACCUGCUUCACAAUCAACAGAAUCCCCUCCCAAAUCAACUGAACCACUCACACAGAGACAACACUCAUCGAACCAAUGUUCAAUCCACAAAAAAACAAACUUGGGAAAGAAAUUACCAGCGCCAACAAUGUGUGUCUCCACAAAUCCACGAUCAGACCCAUCAAAACUUCCAUCAGUCUCAACAUCCCCAGUCCCAGAAAACCCAGACUCAACAAGACCUCGCUAGGUCCAGAACUGUCCACUCCCAUCCGCUCCAGCCUGACCUCAAACAGGCCCAGGUAGAACUGCGGUCUGAGCCAGUCCACAGAGUUCCUGUAGCACCGUCCACAUUAGAGAAGGCAGGAAAAGUUCUCCGUCAGGUUCAGAAGCAGAAGAAGGUUCUAGAGGAGAACCUUGAAGCUCUAAUGAGAGCCAAGAAUGGAGACGUCCUACAUUGUCAGCUGGAGGCGCUGGCAGCUAAUAGAGACUGUUCUGACCAAGUACGGAUCAAGAAGACUGUGGACACCUGGAUCACUACUUUAAGCAAAGACAUACAGGCUGAGCUGUCUUCAGAAUAUGCCAGAGUGAAGGCUGCUGAGUGUCCCAGCUCCUCAGGGAAGAUGAGGACAGUGAGUGCACCAAGACAGACAGGAAGUAAGAUAACAGGUGGAAGAGGAGGUGGUCCAGGAAGAGGAGGUGGUCCAGGAAGAGGAGGUGGUCCAGGAAGAGGAGGUGGUCCAGGACAGAAGGUUGCACACAGAGCGGAGGCGGAGCUUAGCAGACUGACAAGUGAACAGCCAGAGAUAGAGUCGCAUCUGAUGCGUCUGUAUGGCCGAGCACCGUAUGAAGGUGUAAGAAGGACACUGAAGAAGAGCCCUUACCUACGCCUCAGCUCCCCACCGCGAGUUUCAUCCAAUAGGAAGCCGCGCCCACGCCUGGUGGAGAGUGUUAAAGGUGUGAAGGUGAAGUCGUGUAAGACUCAGACAAGCAUGGCUCCACCCUCCACUGUCUCACCUGAACGGCCUCAUUGUCAGCCGGUCUUCAGAGGAUCAGGUGAUGCUGCUGACAACACAGCGCCCCGUGCUGGGCUCCCCUUGGUUCCUGUGGCCAUCCCACUGGGUCGUCGCAGAGUCGACUCCAAGCAUCUCACUGAGCCUCGGCAGGAAGUGACAUCACCAGUCAGACCAGCUCCAAGUGUUGUACACAAAACAGCUGAGAGGCCUCUGCAUCUGGAUGUGGACGAAGCUUCACCUCCUCUUGUUCCUCCUGCUCCUCCAGUGAUAGAAGUUGAAAGUGAUGCAGGAAGAGAUGAGGAGAACAUCUUCCCUGGAGCUGACUCUCUGUCUGUGGCUGAUGUCGUCCAGGAGGAAGUGAGUGAUCUAAGUGAGGUAGGAGAGGGAGCUGUGGAACUGGAUGGUGGACCAUCUCUUCCUGCGGUUCAGUACGAGGGUCCAGUCUUCCCUCCUCAGACCUUCUUGGACCUGCCUGCCCAGCAUCAGAAUCCUAUCCCAGACCUUACUCUGGAGUCCAGGCUUGUGGACUGGGUGGAGCAGCAACUGAUGUCCAGGAUGAUCUCAGAGAUGUACCACCCUCCUCCUGCUGACCCCACACAGGAUGUUUCCACAGACCAAUCAGAGCUGGAAGAGCAAAGUCUCACCUCAGACAUUGUAGAGGCAGCAGGAGGCGCUGGUCUGCAGCUGUUUGUCGACUCUAACAUGCCAGUGGACUCAGCCCUGAUCAGACAACUGGUGAACGAGGUUCUGUCAGAGACUGUGGCUGUAAUGCUAGGACAGAGGCACAGUUUAGUUCCAGACCAAGAACCUGUAACACAGAGACCAGAAUCAGAACCAGUAGCUGAUCAGGAGAGCACAUCAGUCUCUCUGAUUCCCACACCAGUUCCAACCCCUCCUCCCAGCGCCACCACAACUGUGGAGCAGACCGUACCCCUGACCACACCCCCUCCAUCUGAACCCACCAGCCCAAAGAGAGACAGGAGUCCUGAGCCAGUCCCAGGACCAGAGAUUACCACUCCCCCACCAAGUCCAGUGCACGCCCCCCUGAUAGAUAGUCCACCUCCUCUGACUCCACCCACUCUUACCUGGGGAAAUGUUGAACUGCCAUUGGAGGAGGAGAAACCGGAGGAGUCAGUGAAAACAAAGGAUCAACAGCUUGUGAUGUCAGUAGCAGAGGAGGAGCCACCUGUCUCCUCUCCCUUCCCUCAUCCUCUACCACUCGCCCCCUCUCCUCCUCCUCCUCAGCACGAGACUGAGGAAAGAUCAGCGUCUGCAUCCAGCUCCUCAGAAUCUGCCUCCAUCAGCAGUGGCAGCACAGUGACAACAGAGACAGAUGCCAUGAUAUCAGAGGGGCGCCUGCUCAUCAGUGUCAACCUGGAGAACCACAGCACAGAGGACGACGGUGCCCUCUGCAGCUUUAACAGUUCACUGCAGGAGCUUCAGGACAUGGAUCACGACCCGCCUAGUGAGGGACAGGUCAGAGGACCUGACCUUCUGCUGAAUUUGCUCAACAAGACACAGGAAGAAACCACACAGACUGAGGUGGAGGACCUGAGCGUAGGAGAAGUGAAAGCCAAUCAGAUGAUAACUCAGCAGCAUCACAGCGACUCCCCAGGGCAGCUGAGUGCAGGUUUGUCUCGUGGAAGCUCUGCAGCACCUGAUCAGUACAAAGAUGUGUUGACCUUUGACUCUUCAGUGUCUCCCCACCUGGAGAUCACAGGACAGGUUGGUGACUUCCUGCUCAGACCUUCCAGCAGAAACACAUCAGGUGAAGAAUUCAGUUUGUUUUCCUUCUUAAUCCACCUUGAACAUAAAAUGGUUUAAAAAGUAUCUUUGUUGCCAUUA